AUGCGUUUCUGUUUUGGCCUGCUGGUCGCAGCACUGGCACCAUCUAUCUUUGCCGCUCCUCACGACAUGCAAUCAGCUCGCGAGAUCCUACGGCGAAACGACAAUGUCGCCGAGUGUGGAGGACCGACCUCUACUACCACACAUCGGAAGAAGUCCUACCUCGACCUGGAAAAGAGGGCCGCGACAACAGGAACCUGCGACAUCCAGCAGGCAAUUCAGCACAUGGAUCUCACAGCCGUCACCCCCGCCCUGCCCUCACCAGCAGCAGACCUCACCCUCUUCCAAGUAACCAUAGGCCGCGGCACGCAAAACUACACCUGCGACCUCUCCAACGCAACCGCCGUGCCCGUCCCCCUCGGCGCCCUAGCAACGCUCUACAACUUCUCCUGCCUCGCAGCCCAACACCCCGCCCUGCUGUCCAAACUCCCCACCAUAGCUCUCGACCUCCCCAUCCCAACAGCGAACAAUACCGAUCCCGCAGUCAUCGCCGCUCUGGAAUCCGGGCACCACUACUUCAUCGACGACUUCACGACCCCGUUCUUCAACCUCGAUACCGCCGCGCAUCAGUACGGGAUGGGCGCGAUGGCGAAAGCGAAUGCGUCGGAUGCGCCUUCUGAUGCGGUGAUUGGACCGCAGGGCCAGACGGGGUAUGGAGCUGUGCAGUGGUUGCGUUUGGUGCCUGCGCCGGAUCAGGGGAUGUGGAAGGCGGUGUAUCGGUUGAAUACGGCGGGGGGCGACGCGCCGAAGAAUUGCACGGGGCAGCCGGCUGCUUUUGAGAUUCCUUAUGCUGCGGAGUACUGGCUUUUCGUUUGA